AUGCUUACUUGCAUUGGAUCAUCUAAAUUUAAGGCCGAACUCCCUCUCCCCGAUUUCGACGACAUUUGUAAUAGUCCAAAUCAAGCCCAAUUCGGAGGUAUUCUUUCGGAAGACAUUCUUUCGCCAUCUCUGUUGGCGUCUUCAGAUAACCAGAGACCAUUUAAAACGCUUACACCUAAGCAAUUAGCCCAGCUUAUAAAUGAUCCCUUUUCUUUUGGUUUCAACCAAGUAGUCAUACUCGAUGCCAGAUUUGAGUACGAAUUUCAUGGCGGUAGAAUUGUUGGUGCACGCAACAUACGCUCUAAGUCCCAAAUGAUUGGUAUUUAUGAGAGAUUUCUUGGGCAAAACGUAUGUAUCGUUGUCCAUUGCGAGUUCUCACAGAACCGUGGACCAACUCUUCUAAGCUUGUUCAGGGAAUACGACAGACAUCAUAAUAGCUAUCCAAACUUAAGCUAUCCUAAUACAUUCCUUUUAGAAGGCGGAUAUCGCCGCUUCUACGAGGAGAUGCCAGAUUUGUGCAUUGGUGGUUAUGUCCCAAUGCGCGAAGAAAGAUUUGUUAAUAAUGGCGAACUUCGUAGAAGUCAUUCUUUCUAUGCUCGCGAGAUGCUCCAACAGAAAAGGCCAGCCAGACCAAAACUUCAGCUGGUCAGAUGCAGCUCGCAAUCUACAGAUCAUUGGUCUACCCUGUUUGGAGAGUACGCUGCCUCCGCUCCGACUUCUCCAUCAGCUCUUGGAAAUUGUUUUUCUUACUCAUCAUCUCAAUGA